AUGGCUCGGCGGCCUUGGACGUGGGCAGCUGCCUUCACCGCGGUUGUGCUCGUCGUCGCCGUCACUGCUGCCACGGCGGCGGUCAAGAAGAGGCUGCUCGUGGACAUGACUCUCGUCCCGGACGCCGCGUCGACGGGAGCAGUGUGCCUCGACGGGAGCCCGCCGGCGUACCACCUCCACCGCGGCUCCGGCGCCGGCGCCCGCGGCUGGCUGCUCCAGUUCGAGGGCGGCGGCUGGUGCAACAGCGCGCGGUCGUGCGCCGAGAGGGCCGGCACGCGCCGAGGCUCCACCAGCCUCAUGACCAAGCUCGAGGUCUUCUCCGGCGUGCUCAGCAACGAUCCCGCCAUGAACCCAGACUUUUACAACUGGAAUCGUGUGAAGCUGCGGUACUGCGACGGCGGCUCCUUCGCAGGCGAUUCAGAGUUCACAAAUGGUUCUUCAGUCAUCUACAUGAGAGGUCAGAGGAUAUGGGAUGCUAUCAUCACAGAUCUCUGCCAGAAAGGCCUCCACAGAGCCGAAAAGGUGCUGCUCUCGGGCUGCUCAGCAGGAGGCCUAGCUACAUUCUUCCACUGUGAUGACCUCCAGGAGCGUCUUGGAGGCACCGCCACGGUGAAAUGCAUGAGCGAUGCCGGGUUUUUCCUUGAUGUGGAUGACAUUUCUGGCAACAACACCAUUAGGCCUUUCUUUAGCAGCCUCGUUGCCUUGCAGGGAGCUGAGAAGAAUUUGAACAAGGACUGUCUGAAUUCCUCACUCGAUCCUUAUCAGUGUUUUUUUCCGCAAUACGUGCUUCCAAACAUUAGAACCCCCUAUUUCAUCUUGAAUUCAGCUUACGACGUAUAUCAGUUCCAUCACAUAUUUGUGCCUCCUUCUUCUGAUCCUAGAGGUCAAUGGAGUCGCUGUAAGGCGGACCCUAGCACGUGCAGCAUAUCCCAAAUUGCAACUCUCCAAGGCCUGAGAAGUGCGAUGUUAACAGCUCUGGAACCGUUUGAAGGCGAACCAAUGGUGGGGAUGUUCGUCAAUUCUUGCUUUGCACAUUGCCAGAGUGAGCUGCAGGACACAUGGUUUGCACCAAACUCACCAACACUACAAAAUGAGACAAUUGCAGAGCUGGUCGGUGAUUGGUACUUUGAAAGGGAUGCCGCUCAAGCAAUCGACUGCCCCUAUCCCUGUGACUCGUGUUGUCAUAACAUUAUACCAUUUUAAUCAGGUGCACACAUGUUAUAAUCAGGGCCACUUUAGGUCUUAUUCGUGGCGUUCUUGGAGUGACUAUUUCAAUACAUAAAAGUUAAAGACGUUGCAAGAUACAAUGG